UGUCGCCGAGCCGGCGAGGACCCACGGAGCCGCCCGAGAGGUCCCUGCGCCCCGGGGGCGCCGCCGCCGCCGCCGCCGCCAACUCCCCAAAGUUGAGAGCCAGCGAGAGGCUGCCGCCCGCCGGGAGCCGGAGGGAAAGGAGCUCGGGAGAUGCGGGAGUGACGGGCAGACGCGGACAGACGCCGGACCCUCGGAGGACACCCCCGUCUCGGCCUCUCCCCGAGGCUUCUCAGCCCCGUUCCCUGGUGGGAGGCUGAGCUGGUGGAGAGGCGCCGGGAAGAGCCUCGGAGGCGACCAUAAUGUCUUUGCGUCUACACACGCGGCCCACCCCGCCUGGAGUUGUCACCCCGGGCUGCAGGGAGCUGCUGUGUUUGUUGGUGAUCACGGCGACCGUGAGCCGCGGCGCCUCCGGGGUGUGCCCCACCGCUUGCAUCUGUGCCACGGACAUCGUGAGCUGCACCAACAGAAACCUGUCCAAGGUACCCGGGAACCUUUUCAGACUGAUCAAGAGACUGGAUCUGAGCUACAACCGGAUCGGGCUUCUGGAUUCGGAGUGGAUCCCGGUGUCGUUGGCCAAGCUGAACACCCUCAUUAUUCGUCAUAACAACAUCACCAGCAUUUCCGCGGGCAGUUUUUCCACGACUCCAAAUUUGAAGUGUCUUGACUUAUCCUCCAAUAAGCUGAAGACGGUGAAAAGCGCCGUGUUCCAAGAGCUGAAGGUCCUGGAAGUGCUCCUGCUGUACAACAACCACAUUUCCUAUCUGGAUCCCUCAGCGUUUGGAGGACUCUCCCAGUUGCAAAAACUCUACUUAAGUGGAAACUUUCUUACGCAGUUUCCCAUGGAUUUGUAUGUUGGGAGGUUCAAGCUGGCAGAACUGAUGUUUCUAGAUGUUUCCUAUAACCGGAUCCUCUCCCUGCCCAUGCACCACAUUAAUCUAGUGCCGGGGAAACAGCUGAGGGGCAUCUACCUUCAUGGAAACCCGUUUGUCUGUGACUGUUCCCUUUCUUCAUUGCUGAUCUUUUGGUACCGAAGGCACUUUAGCCCGGUGAUGGAUUUUAAGAACGAUUAUACCUGUCGCCUGUGGUCCGACCCCAGGCACUCCCAUCAGGUGCCUCUGCUCCAGGAUGGCUUUCUGAAUUGCACGGACAGUGUCAUCAAUGGCUCCUUCCGGGCCCUCGGCUUUAUUCAUGAGGCUCAAGUCGGGGAAAGGCUGAUUGUCCCCUGUGACAGCAAGACUGGUGAUGGAAAUACCGAUUUCGUCUGGGUGGGUCCAGACAACCGACUGCUGGAACCCGAGAAAGAGCUGGAGAACUUCCACGUGUUUCGCAACGGAAGCCUGGUUAUAGAAAACCCUCGUUUUGAGGACGCCGGAGUGUAUUCCUGCAUCGCGAUGAACAGGCAGCGCCUGCUAAACGAGACCGUGGAUGUCACAAUCAACGUGAGCAAUUUCACCGUGAACAGGUCCCACGCCCACGAGGCCUUUAACACAGCCUUUACCACCCUUGCGGCCUGCGUGGCCAGCAUCGUCUUGGUCCUUUUGUACCUCUAUCUGACGCCGUGUCCCUGCAAGUGUAAAACCAAGAGACAGAAAAACAUUCUCCACCAAAGCGACGCCCAUUCAUCUAUUCUCAACCCCGGCCCGGCCAGCGAUGCCCCCGCUGACGACCGGAAGGCAGGGGCCGGUAAAAGGGUGGUGUUUUUGGAACCCCUGAAGGAUACCGCAGCGGGGCAGAAUGGGAAAGUCAGGCUCUUUCCCAGUGAGCCGGUCAUAGCUGAGGGCAUCCUCAAGUCCACCCGGGUGAAAUCCGACUCCGAUUCGGUCAAUUCCGUCUUCUCGGACACACCCUUCGUGGCCACCACUUAAGCCUGUGCCUGUCACCUGCGUGGCCUAGUAGUUUCAUCACUCCAUGCUUCACUUUCUGUGCCGCCUGCAAAACCAACAGCAGGACACACAUGGCGUGGCUUUGUUUCUGGAAAUGCAACCAAGUGGCCUCUUUGGCUGGUUAAUAGGCAAUGUGGUAAGGGGCACUUUGGUUCCUCACCAGGCGAACGCCGGAUGGAGGACGAUGGGCUUGUCUUCCAGAGUUUCAGUUCUAGGCCACAGUAUCUUAGUCUUUAGCACCACUGAUCAUUUCGAAGCUGGCCUGGAGGGGACAUUGUCCUUGGUAUUCAGGAUUCUUGAAAGAAAACAUGAGCUUUAUGUAUUGGUCUUCCUUAAAAAGAGACCUUACUAACUUCUUAGGUCCAAAGUUCUCUUUAAGAAAAGCGUUAGGGUCCUAUUUCGUUUUUAAAAGACGUAAAAGGAAAAAAAUAAAAAGAUAAAAAAAUAAAAUAAAAAAAUAAAAGACGUAGAAGGAAGAACCAAGCAGCACUUCUAAAGCACAAAGUAAGGUUAGAUUUGGGAAUAAUUUGGCUAAUUUCAUCACUUGAGACCACAGUAAACAGACUACACUGAGAAAAUUUGCCGGGUAAUGCCACUUCCCAUAUGGUGUUAGAUAAAUAGUGCAAUAAAGGUACAUUUGUUUGUCUUCGUUCUGUACAUUUCUUAUCCUGGUACAAAAGAUCUUACUGAAAGUCACCAUUAUUUGUUGCCAUAAAUACGUAGAUGUCAAUACCAAAAUGUCUGAGUAACUUCUUAAACCUUCGUUCUAGCUAAUAUUUGUUCAUAUGCUCGUGUAUAUGUAAAUCAAGUGAUAUGAACUAUUGAAUAGAUCCUACUGUAUUGUGCUUUGGACAUUUGAAUUAAUGGAAAUAUAUGUAUUCUGUGACUUGA